AUGUCCACAGAGACAAUUGCUUCUGAAAAGACAGAGCUCCACGUGCUGGACCUCAACGGACCUGUGAGCAGGACCGACAGGAGGCUGCUGGAGGAGAGAAAGAAGAAAGAAGAGCAAAAACGCCAGCCUCACACGGCCGCCUUUACUGGCUGGAAAGAGGUCGGGGGCUGGGAGCACCAGGACUCGCUCACGUACGAGGAGGAGAUUGUUGAUCUUCUGACGAAGUCGACGUUUUUGGACGAGUAUCUGCCAGAAGUUGCGUACGGCGACUGGUUCCAUACCGUUGGCAUUGUGAUCCUUGGUGGCCUUUUGUCGUGGCUACUGGGCCGCUUCCGGUUUUCGCUGGGCCCGGUCUUCUUUGUGACGCUCGCGUCUGCGCUCUACUACCGCGCCUCGAUCAGAAAGUACCGGCUUAAGCUGAGACUCGAGGCCCAGAGAGAGUUUUCUGUGAACCGCAUCGAGGACGAUUUCGAGACGAUGGACUGGCUCAAUGUGUUUCUGGACCGCUACUGGCGGUUCAUCGAGCCCACUGCUGCGCAGCUGGUAUGUGACCAGGCCAACGUGAUUCUUGCUGGGCUGCCGAUCCCUGCGUUUGUGAAACAGCUGUGGAUCCACACCUUCACGCUGGGCACCAAGCCGCCGCGAAUCGACAAGGUCCGCACGCUCGACCGCACCAGCGAUGACGUCACCGUGAUGGACUGGUGGGUCUCGAUGACUCCGAACGCGGUUGAGGACGCCACUGCGAAACAGCUCAAGAACUACGUCAACCAGAACAUUGUCGUCAAGGCCAAGCUAUUUGGCCUGACGUUCCCGAUUGUGGUCUCGGACGUGGCGUUCCAGGCCAAGGUGAGAGUCAGGCUGAGGAUGAUGAAAAGUUUCCCGCACAUCCAGACCGUCAACGUGUCGCUGCUGGAGGCUCCGUAUUUCGACUUUCUGGCCAAGCCUUUUGGCGGAGACACCAUCUUUCCCUUUGAGAUCCUCAACAUCCCGGGUCUGUACAUGUUUAUCAACGAGAUGGUGAAGAAGUUUGCCGGUCCGAUGCUGUUUGACCCGCUCUCGUUCCAGCUCAACCUGGAACAGCUGCUCAACGGUAACGGGUUCGACGGUGCUCUGGGAAUUCUGGAAGUCAACGUCAAACACGCCAAGGGUCUCAAGGCGGCAGACACGUUCAACAACACCAUCGACCCGUACCUCACGUUCGCCACGGGCGGUGCUGUUCUGGCGAAAACCAAGGUUAUUCCAGACACCAUGGAUCCUGUGUGGAACGAGAAGGUCAACGUCAUGCUGAAAUCGUCCUCCGAGCCCCUGUCGAUCACGCUGUACGACGAGAAUGAGAACGACGGCAGAAAGGACAAGAUGAUGGGUUAUGUUCUGUACGAUUUGGAGGAGAUCAUGCUAAAGGGCGAGCUCAGAGACGUCACGCUGCCUAUUCUGAGAAACAACAGAGAAGCCGGCCAUGUCACCUUGGACUUCAAAAUGAUGAAGACUCUGCAGGGAUCCAAGCUUCCAGACGGCUCUUACUCGCCACCGCCAGACCUCAACACCGGUGUGGCUGUCAUCAAGCUCCUGGGUGCCAGAUCCUACAACAAGGACGACAAGAAGCCAGGAAACGUGUUUGCCGAGUUGUACGUGGACAGAGAGCUCAAGGCUACCACUGGUGUUGUCAAGAAAAGCAAGGAGGCCUCGUGGAGCAUCAGCCACGACCAGAUCAUCUACAACCGGUCCAAGUGCAAAGUCCGUGUUGUUCUGAGAGACUCUUCCAAGAAACUGAUUGGCUCUGCCACCAUGAAGCUCACAGACCUCAUCGACUCGUCGUAUGUCGGCAACGAGUGGCUGCCGCUGACCAAAGGUCUUGGUGAGGUGAAGCUGACAUGUAACUGGAACUCUGUGGCCAUGACCGGAGUGCCGGGCGCUAUGGGCUACACCGAGCCGUUCGGUGUUGUUCGCUUCAACAUUGGUAAGGCUAUGAACCUCAUAAACCUGGAGAAAAUUGGCGUUAUCGAUCCGUACGUCAGAGUCAUGAUCAACGGUGUCCAAAGAGGAAGGACUCUGACCAAGGAUUCCACCACCAACCCUGUUUUCAACCAGUCUAUCUACGUGCCUAUCGCGUCUCCGAACCAGAGAGUCACCAUUGAAGCCAUGGACGUCCAAAGAUCGACUCCAGACAGAACUUUGGGCUCGUUCCAGGUCAGACUCAACGAGUUCAUUGAGUUCGACGACAAGGGAGACCCAAUCGAGACCAACGGCGAGCUUCAAGAAGGACGUCUUGUGCAUCCUAAGCGUGGCGCAAAGGGCAGUGUCACCUACAGCAUGUCGUUCUUCCCUACUCUUCCUGUGAUGACGCCAGACGACAUUCUGGAGAGGAACGCCUUGGAAGAGAAGAAGGCCCAACACAAUGGAGAGGACCACAAGGAGACUGCGGAGGAGAAGAAGGACAAGGAAGAGGAAGAGGAACUUGAAGAUGCUAAGCCCAAGCUCGAUCUGCCGCUGGACAAAGUUCGCAACUACAAUUGCGGUGUCUGCGUCUUCACUCUAUUUGAAGGACAGUUUCCAAAGGACGGCUAUCUGCAGGUCUUUUUCGAUAGAUCUGGGUAUCCGGAAUAUGUCAGUCCAAGGCUUUCUUCUCGUGAUAAGCAAAUCAACGCUACCGGUGAAGGUUUGGUGAGAGAACUCAAUUACUCUGAGGUGACCAUUAAGCUUGCUGAGAAAAAAGGAAGCAACAUCAAGAAAGAAGCUAUUGCAGAGACGUCCAUGUCCACCCUGGAUUUGAUUGAGAGCACCUACGAUCAGCCGAGCGUUGUCAAGUUGUCGAACGGAGCCAGCAUCAAGUUGCAGGCCAGAUGGAUUCCUGUCUUGAUGAAGGACCUGCCGGCACAGGAUUCUGUUGGAAACACAGGACACAUGACCAUGCGUGUCAUCAGGGGCUCGGGAUUGCCUUCUGCAGACUCGAACGGUAAGUCUGAUCCAUUUACGAAGGUCUACCUGAAUGGCGAGGAGAUCUUCAAAACCAAGACCAUCAAGAAAACUUUGGACCCAGAAUGGAACCAGGAGACAUCUUUUGAGGUGGACAACAGAGUCAAUUCCGUGCUGAGGUUCAAAGUUUCCGACUGGGAUUUCGGUUUGGAGCAAGACGACAAGCUUGGCGAGGUGAAACUCAAUAUGAGCGAGAUUAAUCCGUUUGCCGAAGGUGUCCAGGAAAUGACGUUGCCAUUGAAGGACGAUGACGGACAGCCUGCGGGCGAGCUGGUUGUCGCAUUUAGUUUUAAGCCAUCCUACAUUACCUUGUUGAGUGCAGAGAAGCAGCUGCCAAACGUGGCUGGAACUGCUGUGGGGGGUGCCGGAAAAAUCCUGAAUACAGGACUAGACGGCACUGGAAAGGUGAUUGGUACUGCGGGCAAGGUUGGCGGCAAGGUGCUAGGCACUGCGGGCAAUAUUUUCAAGAAGAAAAAAUGA